UGAGUCAUUCUCGCAGGUUGUUUGUGUACCGUGCUGAUCUCCUGCCAGUGUUUUGCUUCUUCCUCAGCCACCAGCAUCACUGGCACUGACAGGAUGGCCGAGUGGACACGUCUCUUCGAGAUUAUAGCAGACAAUUUCAAGAAAGGAGACAACUGGCGUCUGGAGUUUGAUGAAGGUCUUAUGCAUAACCACCAAAAACCGGGCUGGAAGAAGUGUAUUGUGAGCACAGGUGGAAGGUUCAGAUGCUCCAAGUGUGGAAGAGGCUGGUCUUCCAACAUGGUGAGGGUGGUCUGCCACAUGCGCCUGGCGUACGGGCAGGGUGUUGUCAAGGUGAGGCCCACCCGUCAGAAGUGCAAGAUGUGCACCGACGCCCCAAUGGAGGAGCCCAGCAUCGCCUCCGACAACAUCAGAACCCUCAUGAAGAAUGUGUUGGAAAAGAUAAGAAUAAAAUGCUACAAUGAAAACCUGGGCAGAAAGAACCGGCCUUUCAGAAGCUUCGACACCACCAGUCCCCACGAGCCCUCUCACUGUGAGGCCUGUAUGCAAGGCAUCUGCCCGAAGCGUUGAACUUUUGCUGUUCUCUAAUGAUGUUUUAUGCCUGAGAUCAUAUUAGAAAAGCAUCGGUUGUGUGAGACUCCUGUCACUCUGUUACACUGUAUUAUCAUGUUUAUAUUAUAACCAAGCCUAUGGGAGCUCUCAUUUAUUCUUACCAGUUUCUUCUUGCUGUCUGUUUUUUAAAAAAUAUUGUUGUCUGCUAAAAGCAUCAAAUCAGCCUUCACUUCACUUAACAAUGUAAAAGAUUAAAACAAAGCUUGUAUUAGCAAUAAAGUAAG